UCAGUGACGACCUCCCUCAGCAGCGGCCCCGCCCUCUGCAGGCGCAUUUCUCUGAGAAGCAGCGGAUCAUCUUUAUCCAGCAGUUCACCUCUUUAUUAUCAGAAUUAUUAACAUUCAGCUGAACCAGUGAUAGGGGGAAACCAGACUCCUCAGAUCAUGGUCCUGGUGCGGAUCUGUAGCGGGUCUGUGGACGUCUGAAGCUCACGGAGUGAGAUGCUUCCCCGGGGUGCUGAACCUGCUCCGUCCCGCACACAAAGCCUGUGAAGCAGGCCGAGUUUUUAUCUUCCUCCGCGCAGAUGAUGCUCAAACAUGACGGGGAAUCAUUUCAAAGGCCAGGAGGUCAGCUGCUGCAUCAAAUACUUCAUUUUCGGAUUCAACAUCUUGUUCUGGCUGCUGGGCAUGGCCCUGGUGGGAAUCGGACUUUGGGCCUGGAGUGAGAAGGGCGUUCUGUCCAACAUCUCCUCCAUCACAGACCUGGGGGGUCUGGACCCGGUCUGGCUCUUCAUGGUGGUUGGGGGAGUGAUGUUCAUUCUUGGAUUUGCAGGAUGCAUCGGAGCGUUGCGGGAAAACACGUUCCUGCUGAAGUUUUUCUCUGUGUUUCUGGGGAUCAUCUUCUUCCUGGAGCUAACGACGGGGAUCCUGGCGUUUGUGUUCAAGGACUGGAUUAAAGAUCAGCUCAACCUGUUCAUCAACAACAACAUCCGGGCGUACCGGGACGACAUCGACCUGCAGAACCUCAUCGAUUUCACACAGGAAUAUUGGGAGUGCUGCGGAGCGUUUGGAGCCGACGACUGGAACCUGAACAUUUACUUCAACUGCACCGACGGGAAUCCGAGCCGGGAAAAGUGUGGCGUCCCCUUCUCCUGCUGCACCAAAGACCCAGCGGAGGACGUCAUUAACACGCAGUGUGGAUACGACAUUCGAGCUAAACCGGACUCGGAGCAGAAGGACUACAUCAACGUGAAAGGCUGCGUGCCUCAGUUUGAGAAGUGGCUGCAGGACAACCUGACCCUGGUGGCGGGGAUCUUUAUCGGGGUUGCUCUGCUGCAGAUUUUUGGGAUUUGUUUGGCUCAGAAUCUGGUGAGCGACAUCGAGGCCGUGCAGGCGAGCUGGGUGCCCCCCCCUCUCUCCAUGCGCCGACUCCCUCCACACUCCAGCAAGAAAGCAUCGGCUUACUACACAUGAGACACACACACACAUACAUGCUGUAUGUGUGUUUGUAGCCGUUUCUUCACCUAACGCUGAAAAGGCAUUUCAACUCUAACAGCUGUGGGUCUUGAACGUGCCACCUUGAACACAUCAUCGGGGCGUUCGAGGACCUCACGAUCACCUGAACCACUUUGGUCACUGAACCAGCACCUUGUUUCUGAGGCACUAAUAAGAUGUGAAAUCUGUGUACAUAAUAACACUGUGUGUAAAAAGAUCACCGAUGGAGAGAUGGUUCAACACGCACGCCAUGCAGACCUUCACCACGCUCCAGUUUUGAUAGAAACGUGUAGAGAGUAGGAGUUUUGAUACAUCUUUUUGAUAUUAGAUCGGUAUUUUUCACUGUGGAAGACGCUCCAUGAACUCACUCAUCGUGUAGAACUGUCCAUCAUAACGCCGUUCAUCACUCUGAGGAGGGCUGCUCGUUUAAAGGCUCUGUGCUUGUUUAUGUGCUGUAACACAUUCUGACCAGACUGAGGCGCUGCAGAGUCACGAAGGCUUCAAACAGUUACGUACCUUACACUGGAUCUGGAUUUUUGGUUACAAUGACACGUUUAGGAUGUUUGUUCAAUGACAGGAGACUGAAGGACUUUUCUUUAAGCUGCAUUAAUCCUGUUGACCUGGACCUGCCGAUACGUCUCCAUCCUGCUCAGCAACCAAACAGCUGACUUUAUGUAAGUUUCCUGAAAAGAGGUAGAGAUGAGACCGUUUCUCUCUGACCACAAAGUACUCAAACUUCUCAGAAUAAAGAGUCACUACUUCAAUAAGAAGGGAUGACAGUAAAGGGUCAUUCUGGUGUUUUUAAGAAACAUUUUAAAGGCAGCUUAAUCGAUGAAGUAGAUUGAAACACAUUUGCAAUGAAACGUGCUUCAUGAAGGAAAAAAACAAUUGAAAAAUCGAAAAGUAUGUUAAAUUUUUUUGUACCAACGAGUAUUUUAGACCCAAAUAAUGUCAAAUAAAAGAGGGUGUAAGGUGUUAAGAUCCUCCUCAGUAGAUUUAAAUUGUCAGUUUUCACUUGGCAGCUUGAAUUCAGAGAUAUAUCGCUUCUCGCUUUUUUAAACUCUUUUUCAGUAUGAUAGUUAUUUAUACGGUUAUGUCUAUACGCCCAAACACUACCUGGUUGCUGCGUUUAUUCCUCCUCUUAUUGUGAAGGGUUACAGAUUAAACUUUGUCCCUGCAGUUAAAAACAUCCCUGCUAUAGAGGAUACUCGAGAUGUGUCAGCCGUGCACUGUUUAGCCUGAGCCAUUUGUUCAAAUGUUUAAUCUGGAUCAGAUUUGGAAGUUGACUUCUUUAAAUCGAGAAUAAAGUAAUCCAGUUUACAUUUGUACAAGUUUUAGGAGUAAAACUGGAUUGGAUCAUCCAGAUUCAGAUACAGAUAGAUAGAUAGAUCUUUAUUUGUCCUUAAUAAGGAGAUUUGUUGCCAGACUUUCGAAAGUGACCAUAUCGGGGUUAUCAGAGCUCUAAGUGGGACUGGAUAUGACAUUCUGUGUCCACAGGGGGCACCAAAGUCCGCACUAACAGAGAACUCUUCGCAGGCACUCUAUUUCAUUUUAAUUAAGGUUGCAACUUUGGGCAAAGGAGAGAAACAGGAUCUGUGGAGAGCAGAGAGUGGCAGGAUGGCAUAAGGCAAAGGGUCGAGGUCCGGAGUCAAACCGGUGGCCGCUGCAACCGGGACCAAAGCCUCCGUACAUGGGGCACUUUGAACUUUUUUAAUCACCCUGUUUUCAUGUUUUGAUCCAAACUGCUUCAAUCGGAUCAGAUUACUUUUAAAGUGAGCCCAGAUUAACAUAGCUCUGAAUGGGAUUACAUACUUGGUCCACAGGGGGCGCUAGAGUUCAAGCAAACUGACAGAUCCUCAAAACUGCUAUUAGUCAAACUUUCUCAUUAUGGAAGAAACAGCUACUGAAAUAAUUCCUUCAUUUUCACAACUCUAUAGUGGACUUUUUGAAAAUCUUAAUUCCUGUAAUCCAGCCCUCUGAUAGGAUUAGGGUAAUCUUGAGUCUUUGGAUCAAAGGUAUCCACGUCCUGCUCUUAAUUUCUCACCAACACAAACCCUGAUAAAUCUGAUCUGAUUUCACAGUCCAGUUUUAUUCUUAGAAGAUUUGAUCUAAUCUGAUAGCUCUAAUCUGAUCAGAUUACAUUUAAACAACACGGUCCUUGUUAAUAAUUCGACCCCCAGACACGCCUCAGAUUAUUUCUUCCAAACCUCUGUGGACCGGAGGAAUAACGACAGCAACCAGUAACAUUUUUUCUGACUUAUCUGUGGCAUGUGAGUCUUAAAGGUACAGUGUGUAGAAACAGGAAUAUCUAACAGAUUGUUACGCUCCCUUGCUCACCCCUCCUGUUAGUGAAGUACAGUGGCCUUCGAGGACAUGAAGCUCCUGUGAUUCUUAAUACAGUUAGCGGAGGCUAAAAACUACCCACUGCACCUUUAAAAAUGACCCACUGCACCUUUAAAAAUGACCCACUGUACCUUUAAGAUGGUUUUGAUAAAUAUUUAAAUUUCUGUUUUUUAAAAGGGAAAGAUGUUUGUAUUCUGAAAGUAAGAACUGAAGAAGGUAAUGUCUGUGAAGCUGAAUGAUGAGAGAAAUGAGACUCAGUCCUUUAACAAGAACACUAAAUAAAGAGUUAACGCCCUCACUCUUAAAGGGGUAACCCGCUUUAUUUAAACAUUUUUAAGACGUUAAAAGGAAGGAGUUCAUCCUUCUACUUGUAUGACUCUGUAAUGUUUGCAGCUGUAACUUUAUUCUGUUGAAGGACGUAAACGUUUUUAAAGAUUGGUGGUAUAUACACGAGCCGUGAAAAAGUCCUCUGUGUGUAUUUUUAACUUUUCUUCAUGUUGUGAGACGAACAGUUUUGAACAUUUUAAUAUUUCUCUACAUUUCCGCCCUAACUUGAAUGAAAACGAAGGUUGAAGAAGAUUGUUUCUCACUGUGUUGUUGCAGAUUAAAUCAGUAUGAAUAAUGAA